AUGGAGAAAGCUGAAGAAAACAUAAGAACUUCAGAUGUAGAGAAUGAAAAUGUGGAACUGAAUUUAGGGCUUUCAUUGAAUAGUGGAUUGCAAGGAAGUGUUGCUUCAAGUGUAGCUGAGGUUGAAACCCAACAACCACCUACUCAAGUUCUCGAUGUGAAAUCAUCUUUCGUUGAACAGAAAUCACCUGUGUAUUCAGGAAAUUAUAUUGCUAAAGGGAAGAUAAAAAACUUCAUGCUCAACCAUAUGACUUUUGUUUCCACAAGAGGUAAAAGACCAAAUGGAAAGAAGACUGAAGGACUGUUAUACACGUGUAACAAGAAAGAUGAAAUGGAGAUAGUUUGUCUUUGUCAUGGUGAUCUUCUAAAUGCAGUUGAAUUUGUCGAACACACUAGUGGAGGUUAUGUAGAACACCCUUUGAACCAUAUAUUUAUUGACGGAGAACAAAUUAAGCAGCAUUGUUAUUGA